AUGGACGACGAAACGGCAGAAAUCGAACUGCUUCAGCAGAAUCUAAACAAAACACGUCAGAUAUCGAAACGAAUGACAACUAUCCUCGACAGCUUUGAUACACGGUUGGCGAAGCUCGAAAAGUCUAUCCUGCCAUUGUAUACAGCAACACAGAUUCUUAAUCGAAGACGAAACAAUAUUGACCAGACACUGGCUAGAAUUGAGGACCUGUCAAGUAACCAGCAAGAUUUGGCUGCCGAUGAAUCACUCAUCCUACGAGGGCCACAGCCUGGUCAAAUCGCUGUUUAUAAGGAAGCACUUGAGCGUCUUAAUACAAGCAUCGCAUUUAAUGCUGCAGAUCUUGAUUUAGCCCACACGGCACGUCUCGUCCAGACUGGAGCGCAAAAGCUAACCCAACUCUACACCAAAGUCGUUGCUGAAGGCUCCUCAGGGAUAACCCCCGCUCCUGGCACAGAGUUAAUGAUGACAUCGUUUCCGUCUUCUUUGCUACCUACGCUAUCGCCCGUUGUCAAGUUUCUCAGGACACUUCCCCUACCAUCCACACAUCCAUCACAUCCUGCUGCCCAGACGAUCUUAGCAACUUUGAAGGAAGCCCAGCAAGGUUAUGCGGAGAUGAGGGGAAAUUGGAGUGUCAAAUGUUUGGAGGGUCAAGGGAAGCGUUUAGUCGUGCGGGCGGAGACGGUUGACCCCUUGCUAACUGGGCGAGAGUUCCGCGACUGGGUCGAGUUAAUGCUGGGAACUGCAGAAGAAGAAUACAAACUCUUGAUAGAACUCUGCCCUCUAUCGAAUCCUCCAAUGGUGUCAUCGGCAUUCGGCACACUCAUGGUCCCAAUCCUGAAACUUUUCAGCUCAGUUUUAACGCAAUUGAUAAACCUCGUCAAGAAAUCUUUGCACAAAUAUAACUUUCUCGCCCUGUCGGCAUACGAGGGAUUGCUCUCUCUUCAGCCACAUUGGGAAGAGGUUCUUUCACGUCGCGGAUCCGCUUCCGACAAGAAUGAGCUGAAGGAUGGCUUGCAAAGUUUGAGAGCUUUGUGCUUGCGCAGCUUCCCGGAGUUUUUGGCCGAUAUCAAGAUGGGCGCCAUGUCAAGGGGUGCAGAUACCAAUACGAAAUUGAUGGACUUCACAACAUCGGCAAGUCCAUCCUACACUUGGUCCCAAAUCACAGCUGACUUUUUUCAGACCAUUUCUUAUAUCGAAAGAAUUCCCCAAGUUCUAAGUGCAGUUGAAUCGGCACUGUAUGCUCUAGGUGACGGGAAUUGGAAGAUGGGCGAGGGUGUUCAAGUGGGCAAGGGUAGUAAAGACGACGACGGGACAAUUGUGGAGCACUUUAUUCAUGAUAUUGUCACCACGGCCAUCAGCAGCUUGAACACCGUUUCGCGUGGAGCUCGGCGUCCGCCUUUCAGCUCUGUAUUCCUGCUUAAUAACAUCUCAUACCUCCGGCAACACCUUCUGCUUCAACCCAAAGAUGCUAGUGUCAUCAGUCUGCUCUCGCCAUCGACAACCGAGGCGUUGAACUCUGCGUUCCGUACAGCGAAAGCAGGCUACUUUGACCUCAACUUCUCGCCGCUCAUGCAAACCCUCACUGACGAUCCCAAGGACAAGUCGAACAAGGGCGUGGCAAAGGAGAAGUUCACGCGAUUCUUUGAUCUUUUUGACGAGCUGUUGGAGAGACACAAAUUUGCCGGGGUGUUGGAGGAGGAUCCGCAGGCUAGAGCCGAGAUUGGUGAUGAGGUUAUCAUGCUUGUCGUGCCAUCGUUCCAGAGGUUCACGCAGAAGCAGAAGGACAAGGAGUUUAGUAAAAAUCCUCAGAAAUAUAUCAAAAGAUCGACAGAGGAUGUAGAAGCGCAGCUCCGAAACCUUUUUUCUCGGUAA